AUGGAUAAUAAAAAUUUCGAUUUGACAAAUAGGUGUUAUGAAGCCCUUUUGGAUUUGAAGUCCAUAUUCCCUUCUUGGAGUGAUCUCCAAGGUAAUUUCCAUUAUCACUGGAAAAAAAUUUUAAAUUCUAGUAUUAAUUUUAAAGAUUCCGAAAAUAAAGUACUAAAAACUUAUUUAACCCUUCUUGAACCUCUUGUAAAUUAUGACCCAGAAGGAUUAGAAUCAAAUGCUGCACUCGAAUUAGUUAGAAACCUAGACAAAUAUCGCAAAAAUGAAGAUAAAGAAUUUGAGCCUUAUUUACUAGAGGAAGUUUUGAACAGGGAUACACCCGCCAUCAAACCUCCACAAAGGUUUCCAAGGGCUCCAUCUGUUAAAAAGAAACCCCCACCUUCCCCUAAAAUCGUUUUAAAUGAGGAAGUUGGGACACCGCAUACGUAUGGAACUAGAAGAUCGAAGUGGUUAUCCGAAGCUGAUGGCGAUUCUGAUAAGAAGCCAAUGCUAGCCAAGUUUGGGAUGGGAAGGCACCUCAAAAAAGGCUUCUUUUCGGAUUAUGUUUGGGAGUUUAACGAUUUCGAGCAGAAGGUAUUUUAA